AUGGGGCCCGAAACUGCUCUGCCCCUUCCUAUUGAAUUCUCGGACGUCGACGAGUAUGUCGAGUCACUCUUGGAAUUCACUACCUCCUCAAGGCUACUCCAAAUAUUAUGUGGCGGCGUUCACAUCCUCGAUUUUUAUACUAGGUCACCUGAUCUCUACUCAGCUAUCUUGCCUCAACCAUGGCGGGACUGGUUCAAGACCCGGGACAUUAUGGACAUCCUGGACCUACUGAUGAGGGAAGAUCUCCGUCAAUUUGAUGUAGAAGAUGCCACCAAAAACUCCGUCUGGCGAGGAGGGCCACCUCCACCAGAAGAGUUACUACAGUAUAUUAAGCGUGUGCGAAAGCAUCUGCUAGCCCGCGAGUUUCCUCCACCAAACUCUGGUCUCAAACCUACAAAGGCAGCCAUACCACGCCAUAUCGCCAUGGGCAUGAAAGUCAAGAAAGUACACGAGGUCGACAACUUUGCGCGCUAUGUCGACAGACUGACCUCUGAGAUAGCAGCGUCUGACAAGAAACCCAUUACGCAUCUUGUCGAUUUUGGCUCCGGGCAGAAUUAUCUUGGCCGAGCCCUUGCUGCCGCGCCGUACUCUAAGCACAUCGUAGCUGUGGAAAGCAAGCAGCACAACAUCGAGGGAGCCAAGAACAUGGACGUCCUCGCCAAGCUGGUACCAAAGCCUGUAGUCAUGAGGAACAAGAAAGAGUUUCGAGCCAAGUAUGGGAAAGUGAAAAUUGGUAAGAAGAGCGAGGCCAAUGGAUCCACCACCGUUCCUGUUAUGGGGCCUAUAGCAAGCACGGAGGAACGAAAUCUAGAGACGGGAUGUGACGCGAAUGGUUGUACUCCACUGCCAAACACCGAUCUUCCUUCAAACGCUUCGCAACUCCAAAAUGGGGUACAAAGCGACGUUGUCUUACAAUCAGAUGCGAAGCAACCGGCCUUGUUGAAGUCGACUGCGGACAAUCAAGUCAAACCGACCAUUACCACAAACCUUCAGAUAUACAACCAAGGCCACGGCAGCGUACAAUACGUCGAACACAUCAUCAAAGACGGCGAUCUCACACCUGUUAUUGACCAAGUCCUUGACACCUCUCGCGUCCAAGACGAUAAUGUCACCUCGACUUCCACCGUCGUUAAAGAGCCUUCAGCCCUCGACGCUGUGCCAAAGCCAAAGGAAGUCAACGCAAUGGUCAUAUCCCUGCACUCCUGCGGCAACCUCGUCCACCACGGCCUCCGCUCCCUCCUCCUCAACCCCCACAUAUCCGCCGUAGCCAUGGUGGGGUGUUGUUAUAACCUCGUAACCGAGCGUCUCGGCCCGCCGACAUACAAGCUGCCUACUCUCCGGCCAAAUCAUCCGCGUCUAGUAGCCACGUCAAACGCUUUCGAUCCCCAUGGCUUUCCCAUGUCAGAAAAACUCGAAAAAUACCCGCUCCCAUACCGGCCACUAAAACCCGUCGAUGGAGGUGUCGGAAGCGAUGGCGUGGACGACGGCCGGCCCAAAGGCGUCCGUCUGAACAUCACAGCGCGCAUGAUGGCCGUCCAAGCACCUUUCAACUGGGGUCAUGACGACAGCGAACUCUUCUUCACACGUCAUUUCUUUCGCGCUCUUCUGCAACGCAUUUUCCUCGAUCGCGGUGUCAUUUCCGCCCCACUCGAUGCUGAAGGCCUUUCUAGUGCUGUUUCGGCGAAUGGCCACACUUCGCAAGUGAACUGGACACCACGCUAUGGUCGUGGGCCUGGACUGAGCUCAGACGGCACAAGCACACCGCUUACGAUCGGUACGCUACGGAAGUUUGUGUACAGUGAUUUUCUCAGUUACGUGCGUGCUGCGAUUGAGAAGCUUGUCAGUCCAAACUCAUUUUGUGAAGUGGAUCCCGAGUUUAUUCGGGAGAAGUUGGACGGUUUGACGGACGAAGAUAUCAGAAAGUACGAAGUUGAUUAUGCAGAGCGGAAGAAAGAGCUCAGUGUUAUGUGGAGCCUAAUGGCUUUCAGUGCGGGUGUUGUUGAGUCAGUUGUUGUUACGGACCGAUGGCUGUGGUUGAAAGAGCAGGAUGAGGUUGAGCAUGCGUGGGUAGAGCCGGUGUUUGAGUACAAACACAGCCCGCGGAAUCUGGUCGUCGUUGGUAUCAAGAAGUGA